AUGACUACAAUCUUCUUCAACGGCUUCUCGACCGAGUCGUCGUCUUUACGCUUCUCAGAAGAGGCAGCGCCACUCAACUCAGUAGAAAGACGCCAAUCAAACGGAAGAGCAGCUGUACCAAGCUCCGCCACAAGUAUCCGUCCACAUUGGACGAAGGAGGAGCGGAAGAAUGACAUAUCGGAAGGUGGGAAUCGACACUCCUUGGCCUGGGGGCAAGAUGGUGGUGUUCUCUGUCUCUAUGCUGCACUUGUAUGUCAUCCUUCCAUGGCACAACUUACAUUUCUCUCCACCAUCUCUCCUGACUGGCGUUGCGAAUCCGUCGGAAUGCGUCUACUUUUUCAUGUACUUUCACUCAAUUGUCAAGCCGACAUGUCGGCACACCAACACGAGUUUGUCGUCUUCAUGUUGAGGCUGGUUCACGAACAGACCCACGGCUGUCAUGUUGCGUGUUGUGAUUCGCCCGACGGUACUGCCAAGAGACAGUCGGUAACGACUGUCUUCCGAUCAAACCUCAUGAUUGCUACUUGUUCCAUGUGUCCGAUUCUUCUGCUUUUAUCAUCGAAGUUCUACUUGAAACCGUCGCCUACAAACAAGGGUCGAAUUGAAGGCAUUAGAGCCUUUGAUGUCGUCAUUCUGAAGAGGCAGGCUCGAAUCUCGUUAAAGCUGCCGAGUCAACGAUUCGUCCUUUCGCUCGUAGCGAGGUUGCAUGACUUCUUAAAUGAAUCCGCGGUUUGA